AUGUUGUCUCGAUUCUUCUCAAUGAAUUCAGUGUCCGAUACAGCACUGCAAAAGGGAAGAAUAAGGUGGAAGAUGGCAGCAUACCAGUUCUUGACUCUGAUCUUGCUGAUACAAGGGUCUUUGGCAUCAGAGAAUAUGGACGAUCAUCAGCGUUCUUGGUAUCAAAGAUACGCCGAUUAUCCACCAUAUUGCUCGACACCAGAACAGAUGACCCAACGUUAUAUUCCAAAACUUUACAUUCCCAAUGGUACUAAUUUCGGGGUUACCAGGCUUUCCCAUGUGACUACGGUCCUGAAUCACGGAGCUAGAACGACACUAGGUCCGGAAACAAAUGGUCGGUGUUGGGACGGAUACUGGGAGGAUGAGGACACGGGAGUGUGGAAUUGCGACAUUAGAACUUAUCUAUCACCUCCUAGUGAGAAAAGGAUCGAGGAAGAAGAGGACGAAGUUGCUCGUGGAGGAAUACCUGUUUCCCGUGGAGGAACACCCAUGUUUUUGUUCGAUCUUGUAUUCGAUGCCUUGAAGCCACCGUUGUCGAACACACUGAAUGGGACUUGUCAAGAGGGACAACUGCUCUUGCGAGGGUAUGAUCAGCAACUAGAAAAUGGGAAAAUACUGCGAAGUGCUUAUUUGUUCGACCCUAAAUCGGAGGAAUCAGGCAGAUCUGAUUCAAAUCCUCAUGAAACAAUGACAUUGUUUUCUCUUGAGGGACAUGCUGACGGUGAAACUGUGUCACCGCCAUGGGACCCGCAUUACCUUUAUGUACGCUCUGGUGAUAGCCAAGCGACCAUGAUGUCAGGCCAGAUUCUCAUGCGAGGAUUGUUCGAACAUGAGCUGGAAGAUCAUGGCGAAAGAGAAGAGUUUGGAUUGGGGUCAUUCCCUUCAAUCCGAGUCCACACUGCAGACAACACGAUGGAUAUUCUUGGGGGCUUUCAAAAGAAUUGUCCGAAGCUCGAUGGAUUAAGACGAGAGAGUUUCUCUGCCAAGGAGUAUAAGGAAUUCUACGACAGCAUAGAGUCACAGCAGGUUCGAGCUUUCAUGGCUGACCAACUGAGUUACGGUCAUGGCUUGUUCGAUUGUAUGAUGACUACCAUUUGCACGGAUCGAAAACUUCCAGAACAGUUCGGAGACUACGAAGUGGAUAAGAACACUUGGUUCAACCGGAUUGCUACCUACCACACAAGAAAUCAUACGUUCCCUCUUCGUUACAAUGACGCUCAAUUUUCCAAGCUAAGCAUUGGGCCAUUGUGGGCGGAAAUUUUGGACCAUAUUGAGCCAUCGAUCGCUGGUAAAAAUGCAACAAGAAGUGGAAGGCACCCACCGGCAAAGCUUGCGAUUUAUUCAGGAUAUGACAGUACAAUUAUGGAACUUCUGGCUUCGCUAGGAGAAAACGUGUGGGACGGAUUAGUGUGGCCCCCAUACGCAAGUAUGCUGAUAGUGGAGAUCCACGAGUUGCUUGAUGAAAAUCGCAAUAAAACGUUGGUUGAAAGCAACUCAGCAUUUCGAUUGAUCUAUAAUGGGGAUGUGUUGACUGAUAGGGUACCUGGGUGUCAAUUGGACUUGGAGCUCUGUGAUAUCAAGUUUCUCAUGGAGCGAGUGGACCCAAUCGCAGUGCGAAAAGUAGACUGUGACGACCCGACCGUACGCUCUGCCAACACUGUACGGAUCGAGAAAUCGGUCCUAUCAACGACAUGGGGCAUACUAUCUGCCAUUCUAGCGAUAGCCACAGGAGCGUUCGCUGGGGCAACGAUUGUCAUUUACAAACUAACAGGAAGUCUACCAGACAAACUGAAGAAGAAUAAAAAUUUCCGAUCCAGGAACGCAUUUCAACAUUCAGGAGUGUCGCACCAGAUUGCGAUGGAAGGUCCUGCCGAUGCCAGCCCUGCAUUCAUGGAUCCUCACGACGACCCAGGCCUAACCUAA